CACUUUUGCAGCCAGCGUUUUGACAGCUGCUUCACACGUAUAUAUGCAGAUAUUGCAACACACAAUUGUUUUCAUUUGUGCAGAUCUGUUUCAAUCCGCGUGAGAAUUAUUGUCAACAUUAGCUCACAAUUGACUGCGUACUGUUACCUUCUGAGAUGUUGCAGAUUGCAGAUGCAGCGAUGAACUCAUAUGUAUGAUCUUUCAAAAGUUUCAUUCGUUGAGAUGGAACCCGAAAGAGAUCAGCAUCAUCCUCAAGAUCCAUUGGGAAGUCUACCUAUCGAUUUCCUGAUCAAGAUACUCAGAGAUCAUUAUCUCCCAAUUUCCACUCUUCUCGAAUGUCGUUCAGUUUGUAAGAAAUGGAAGGAGGUCAUAGAUGGUCCUGAGUUACAGAACAAAAUAUGGAAAAAAUCUGUUAUUGUGUUUCAUGAACAUCGUGAAAAUAAGGCCCACUUCUGCUGCAGAGAUCGAUGGAUCACAAGGAAUCUUCCACACCUCCUUGGGCCAAAGGAGCUGGUCGCUGCUGAUGGAUGCCUGCUGUGCUUCGGUGAACGACUUUCAAGAGCAUAUGUCAUGUAUAACCCAGUUCCAGACAAAGUUCUGAUUUUAAACGUACCUCUUCAAAUCAAUGGAGAACAUACAGUCAUUGAUGGUAUGCUGAACUGUAAGGUGGUGGGUUUAGUCGUUGACCCAUCGACGAAGAACUUCAAGCUGGUUUUGGGAGGAGUUCAAGUCGGAACAGAUAGACUGAGAACUUUGAUUUACGACUCGACGACCGGUACAUGGUCGUGGGGAAUUCAUUCGUUUCCUGAAUGGAUGAAAGACUUGUGGGACUGUAGGAGAAGUGUAGUAUGUAAUAGAUGUCUGUAUUGGCUCGUACGGGAUCCCUCUAGGAGAAAUUUGAGUGCUCUCUUGAUAUUUGAUCUGGAAGAGGGAACGUGGAACGCCUUGGUAGAGGAAUCCAUGGAGGCCACGCCACUUGACCUUCAACUGGCUGCGUAUGAACGACAUGUGUGCCUUACUCCCAGUAAUUGGUCUCCUCUGGAAGGGGAGUUUGAACGUAGGAGCGAUGUCGCCAACUUCUUCCGGAACCCCAUAGUCCGAAGAAUAGAUGGAGCUUUGAUCAGGAGAGUAAGAGAUUUUUAUGAUCGAACUUUCAUCAGGAGAUGGAGAUUAAUAUGGAACAUGGACGAAGCAAUGGAUGGAGAUGUUAUCAGGUGGUUUAAAAAUCUAGAUUAUCCCAUGUUUUUCAACUUCUAUGCCACAGGAGGCAGUGAUGCAUUUUUCGUGAUCGAUGAACAACGCAUAGAAUUUGAGGUGGUGAAAUACUGGGCUGAAUUAGACUCGAUCUUUUUUCUACCCCAGCCUCCUUUUCACUCACGCAAUCGGGCUCAAUACUUUGUAUACGAUCCGAGCCCCGACGACCCUUGGUGUGCAAUGAUUCCAAGUCCCAGAGGAAGUGCAGGGCAGGGGUGGAUGAGACAGCAGGAGUAUGUAGCACAGCAGCAGAGACAGGAGGAGGAGGAGGACUCGCCGGAAGCUCUAAGGCGAGCUAUUAGGGACGCUGUUAGGCAAGUGUUUAGGCAAGCUUUUGGGCAAUCAGAUUGACGUGGCAACGGAAUUUCCAUGAGAAGGAGGUUUCUUCGGACCUUCAGGACAGAUCCGCUUACCGAAAUACGGGUCCUCUAACACUCAAUUCUGUGCAGGGAUGAUAAUUUGGCAUUGGUUUAAGAGGGUAAAACAGUAGAUUCAGAUUACUCUUCUCGAUAAGAGGAAAAAUGUCCUUUUCUUGGUAAAUAACUUUACAUUUAGUUCUCUAUCCAAUUAGGAAUCAACGUUAAAAUAUAUCUAGAUUGUUUGUGAACGUAAUUUUACAAUCCAGUUUACUGUAGGCUAACUGGUUGACAAAGCGAUCAA